CGGUGACUGAUGAAACUAGUUGUCAGCCAGUGGUGUAGCCUACACUGUAAAACCUUUCACCAUAAAUGUACAGUUAUAUUGUAAGCAUACUGCAUUUUAAAACUACAGUAUUUAACUGUAAACGGAUAUAUUGUAUUAUACAAAUUUACAGUAAUAUACCGGCAGCAGCAGUAAACUACUGUUUAUUUAAAGUAGGCCUACUUACAGUAUGAUCAUGUACAACAUUAAAACAGCAAGAUGCUGUGAGAUUUUAGCUGUAAAUUUACAUCAAAGGUUUACAGUGUAUGCUUUCUUAAAUACACACACAGGAAUACACAAACGAGCAGCAGAACACAUCUUCAGCUGCAGGUAGGCAGGCAGAUUUGUGUUUCCAGCCCUUUUCACUGUGCUGCUGGAGCUGAGGGUUCAGUAUUACGGCUGAAGUCCUCUUGGUGACGCUCUGCUGACAUCACUGAUAUGCCCCGCUCGGCUCUCCUGCAUCAGUCACACACGGAGCUCCGCCGACUCCCACACACUCUGUCCUCACUUUCCAUUUCGCUCCAGUCUCGCCGUGGCCAAGACGCACCAUCACACCAAACCCGCGGCAGGUUACAGCUACCUGUGCGCACUGCGGCCAGCCGCUUCUUCCUGUCAGAAACAGAUCCAAAGAAAGAGAAACUAAAUCACGGUCCGGGCUGGAGAGGUGGGGAACAGACACUCAGAGACAAGGGGGAAGAGAAGCCGCAACUUGGCUGAUUACAACCCAGGCGGUCUGAACUGAACUCGGGAAGUUUCUCGGCUGAUCGGAGAAGGAAUAAUUCGAAUCCCGGGUUGCCCCACACAGACAGCGCUGCUGUGGAUAUUUACGUCCACCCCGUUCUCCUGUUUAGAAGAAUGGCGAGAGAUUACCCCGCACGCUGCCCGGUCUCUCCGGUGAGAAACACUUGGCUGGUGGCAGCAGCAGCAGCAGCGAUCCUCCUCGCAGCCCAAGGUAUCGGGGCUCAGAAAGUGCGAGUUGACGAGGAAGUGGAGGCGAAUCCCGCGGAGUCUGUUGAUCUCCGUUGCCAAUUCAUCGAUGGAGGAGGCCGGACCAAACUCACGCAGGUGUCUUGGAUAUGGGAACCCAUCGAUGGUCAAAGGGACAACAUCGCUGUAUACCACCCUAUCUACGGGCAGAGUUUCCCCAACCCAUCCUUCAAGGACCGAGUCAUCUUCCUCCACAACAGUCUGGAGAACCCUUCCAUCAGGAUUUCUCAGCUCAAAAUGUCCGACGCCGGCCGGUAUACCUGCGAGUACGCCACCUACCCCUCUGGAAACGAACAAGGGACGACCACCCUCAUCAUGCUCGCCAAGCCUAAGAACUCAGCCAACGUUGUGACCGUCCAGGCCGGGACCAAGUCGGUGGUGGUGGCCCAGUGCGAGGCGGCGGAAGGCAAACCCGCAGCCACCAUCAAGUGGCUGGCGUCGGUCGGAGGCAACCACUCAACCAGCACCACGAACGGGCCGGACGGCACUGUGACGGUGCGCAGCGAGUAUCGGCUGGUUCCCACGCCGGCAGAUAACGGCAGGGAAGUGACCUGCAUUGUUGACCAGAGGACCCAGGAGCAGCCGUGGGUUCACCCUGUCAAGCUCUCGGUGGAAUUCCCCCCCUCUGUAUCCAUAGAGGGCUACGACAACAACUGGUACGUCGGCCGUUCAGGCGCCGCGCUGGUCUGCAUGGCCAACGGCAACCCUCCGCCCACCAUUGUCACCUGGACCGCGGCGUCCGGUGCUCUGCCAGACUCGGUGGAGGUGAGCGGCAACAAGUUGACGGUGAGGAAGGUGGACGACGCCGUCAACACCACUUUCAUCUGCGAGGUCAAGAACAAGCACGGGGCCAGCAAAUACCAGAUCACCACCAUCGUCAUCGAAGCCCUGGAGGACCCGUCAAGUGCCGGCGUUGUGGCAGUUGCCGUGAUCUGCUCACUCCUGGCCCUGCUAUUGGUUGUCGCGCUCGUUGCCGUUCUUCUGACCCGGAGUCGCCGGCAGCAGAGGCGCGGCUUCCCCAGCAGCGGGGACUCCAUAGCAGCCGGCAGCAGUGGCAGCAAUGGUGGAGACUAUGGCAACAAAACCUGCCUGCUCUUCAGUGGGACUGGCACCAAUGGCAGUAAGAACGGGACGGGGGCGAACAACAAUGGGCCCGUGCCCAUCUACACGUACCGCGAGGGCUGCGACGCCACGGGGACUCUAACGGAGAAGGCCAAUAACUACCACCAUCAUCAUCUCCACCAUGCCUCGAUGGGCAACCCCUCCUCCGCCCACGACAUUCUCCUUAGUGGAGAGAUAGACGAAGCUGAGAGGAGGAAGUUCGACCUGGAUGAUAGCAUGGAGGAGGAGUACGACAGGUUUGGAGGCAUCGGGGGAGGCGGGAACAUGCUCCCUCCAGCCUAUCACGUCCAUCAAGGCCGUGGUGGGGAAGAAGAAAUGGACGUGUACCUCGACGACGACAUGGAGUCUCAGAGAGACGGCUCUGUCAUUUCCCGGACUGCCAUUUAUGUCUGAGGACAGAGGAGAGGGCUGGAAAUAGGAAAAGGAGAUGCGGAUGGAAGAAGAGGGGAGUUGGAGCCAGCCGUCUUCUCCACCAAUUAAAUCAACAUCGCUUCUAUCGGCUAAACACUUUCCCGCUUCACAUUCAACCUGAUUAAAGAGAUGGCAUCAAUUCCAUCCUCUCUAGUUGGCAUCGGCUGUAUAAUAUUGUACAAGAGGAUUAGAAGAAAAGUGAUAAAACGAAAACAAAGUCAAGUUGAAGCUGAUGAAGGAAAAUGCGUUACGGCAGUAGUGGACUGUGGCUGAAUCUGUGACUGUGUGUAAUCAAGGUGAGGGAUUUCGUUCGGUGUCAGCCAAAUAGAACAAGACGAGAAAUAAGAAAAAAUGACUGCAGAACGCCGACAAAAACCACAGCAACUCUGAUGCGACGCUGCUUGAUGCUACGGUCUUGUUUCUUCAGCUUUGCUAGUGUGUGAUUGUGUUGAGUGACUCCAUUCUUUGUGUUUCAUACCUUAGCAGAACCAUUCAAAAAUCGCCUUCCUGUUUCAAAAUGAAUUGGGGGAAAAAAAGAAAAAAAAACGUCAUCAACAUCUUGAACUCCACAUCAAACUGUCCAAACGGCUUCUGUGGAUAGUGCCACUGUGCUGCCUACUCGUCUGAUAGGUCUGAGACUUCAAGCUGUUUUAAAACUUGAAAAGCCUAACUUGUCGUCUUGGCAACAAUGACGGAGUUUCUGUUCAUCCCAGUGAGAACUGUAUUUUUCGGGCAUAUGUACAGUGACUCUGGGUUCCUGCCCCACCCUGUGACACCACCCGGAUUCCUGAUGGGUGCCGCUGGAGCAAGGGCCUCUAAACUGAGAAACAUAAAAGACUCAACAGUGUGUGUUAAUGUGUGGCUGGCUGUGGUGUUAAUGAUGUGCAUCAUUUAUAUAUUGGGCGCCAUGUCACUGUAGCACAGUUGUUGUCGUCGAUGUUGUUGUUCUUGUUGUAGAUGCUGUUGUUGUUAUUGUUGUUUUUUGAUGUUGUGUAAUGGUGUUGAUCUCGCUGAGGAAAAGACACACCGGGAGCCUUGGGGGUUUCACACAGUACCACGUUGGGUCGGUAAUGACUCAUUUAAUGGGUAAAAACUCUACCAAUUCUAUUUUUUUUCCCAUUUUUAAAUCUCUUCUCAUUUCCGCUUUCUUUACUCCUCUGCCUUUCAUUUUCUUCUUUCUGUUCCACAUGCAUCCUGCAACAUUUGUAUGUUUUGCUGACGCUCUGUCCCACACACAUUACAUCUCUCUCUCAUUCUGCUCUUUCUUUAUAUACAGUACAUAAUGGGCGGCUUAGACGAGGGCCGCAAUGACUGUGUGCAGGGAGAAGGGGAUAACUUGUAUUUAUAUUCCUAUCUGGGUCGCAUUCAGCGAGGCAAAAUAUUCACCGGCUGUGUUGGAGGCUGCUGUAUUUCAUGUAUUCAUUUUCCAUGUCCUGCAGAAUGUUCUUAGGCUAUGUACCAGAUUAUUCCAUGUUUUUUAUUCUGAUUGGAUGGAAAGACCCAUUUAAAGAGUGGAAGGGAAACAGGCUAAAUGAAAUCCCAAACUCCCAGGCCUUUGUUUCUCGUACACUGACAAAACAGUUUCUCUUAAAAUCCGUGACAACAUCUGCUGACAAGGUGGGCUUGUUUGUCUUUGAUGAGAUCGCCCACUGAACAUUAAGAUAGUUGACUGCAAAACUUGUGAAACUUGGGAAGUUUUUAAAUUGUGAUGAUUUGGCGACUGAAUGAUGGUAAUAAUUAAUGGUACUUCUUUGAAUAGAUAUCAUUUGCAAAAUAUUUGCAGCUCUUAUGUUUCUGGAACACAGUUGCCUUAUUGAGUCCCAGCGUUUUCCUACUCAUUAUUUUUUUGUUUUUUCUUCUUCUUCUUCAGGGCACCAAAUUGGCAAAUCUCUCAAUUAACUGUUGGAUUAUCGCUUGUCUAUUUGACACAAGGAGGCUCUGGGAAGGGGAAAUCUCUACAUCACAGGCAAACUUCCUUGGAGAUGUAGAACCUGUUAAAGUUAGA